AUGACAAAUAUUCAAGCAACAACUGACUUAUUUAUUGAAAUUGUGCGAGAAAAUGAAUUUCUAUGGAGAAAGGGUCAUGAAGAUCAUAAGGACAAAAGCAAAUGUGAAAGCACUUGGGCAAGAAUUGCAAACGAAACUGGUCUUGAAGAUAGCAAAGCUGCGAAACAAAAGUGGAAAAAUUUGAGUGAUUAUUAUGGAAGAGUUAAGAAGCCUAAGCCUUCGGGCUCGGAUGCUAAAGAAAUGAAAUGGUCAUAUUUAAAAGCAAUGUCAUUUUUGGAAGACGAAAGACAAAGUUGUUCAAGGAUCGAUUCGACUGGACGUUCAUCAGCUUCAAUAGAUAAUUUAUUAAAAAUGAAUGUAUCGAUUAAUUCGAGUGAUGAAGAAAAUGAUACUCAAAGUUUGACUUCGCCACGUUUGACUGUUAAGCGUCGCCGUUUAUGUGAGAACAAUAAAAACGAUGAAGUUGAUGAUUGUAUUAUUGAGUUAACAAAGCAGAUCAAGGAUUCUCUUUCUGAAUUGACACCUUGUAAGCAAUUUGGGGCUUAUGUUGGAUCCGAAAUCAAAAGCCUUGCCAGCCCAGAAAGAAAUGAAGCGAAAUCAAAUAUUAUGAAUAUCUUAAUGCAACUUAAGUCUCGUAAAAGGGUGAUCACUUUUGAUGAAUUUGGAAAUUCGUUGCAAAAUCUUUAA